AUCAGUAGGCUGAAAUAUGCUGCCUUGGCAACUAAUGUUCUGAAUGGACUGGUCCCAUUCUUUACACAUCAUUUGGGGGAGUUGACGACUACUCAAGCUAAUAGGGUGAUUGCGAAGUGGCUGUCCAGGUCUCUGAUCCAUACGACACGCCGCAAGGAACUUGUGUGGUGCUUAGAGACUUUACGGGCUCGACCAUUGGACCAAACCCUACAAGACAUUUACGAAGCUAUCGAUUUCCUUGAUGGAUUUGGGUCUGACCCACUUGACGUCGCUGAAGCUAAGCUGGAAUUUGACAUGGAAAUGGCUGAUGCAAAAGAUAUCAAUGAUGGAGCUACAGUAGCAGGCGCCAUGGAUGAGUUACUGGAGAAGGAUAGCCAAUUGGAAGCGGCAAUCACUGAAAUUGAGUCUAAGGAGAAUCUUUUGGUUGAAAAGAGUAGCGCUUUGGAAGCUGAACGAAUUCGGUCUGAUCACGGUUCCCUUUCUCCAGGACAGGCCAGAAUCAGCAGCUUCGAUUCUGCCACAAAGGAGCCAACUCCGCCGGCUACUACAGCGCAAGCAGUCAAGUCAAGUCCGCUAACGGCACCCCUACCGAGCUCGCCAUCUCGGGCUACUACGGCCAUCGCCAACCAACCUCCGCCUCAAGACACCACCACUGCUGCUUCUCGGCGGGAACUUCUGACUCCGGACCACACAGCAAGGACGCUGCCGACCUCGGACCAUAGCAAUGCUGUGGACCCAGGCUCCGGCCCAGGGUCCUCUACUCCGUCUCUGGCCAGUUCUAGGGUCUCUGACAAUUCCUCGGAUGGUACGCCGUCCCCGGUCUUCUCCAUCUUCCGUCAUCCUCAACACUCUCCUCCUUCUGACCGUACUACGGGUAAACGAAGGAAGAAGAAGCCAUUGGCCAGCCGUGGAGCCUCCCGCUCCACGGCAGGGCCAUGA